AUGCUGCUAAUCACUAUGUGGAUCCCUCUCCUCAUGCUGACUGUUCUGCCAGUUGUGUCCGCUGAGGAUCCCUGUGCCCUGCCUGUAAUUCAGCUGCCUUCUGAUAUUGUACGAAAAGUUGGCGAAAACCUUUUUGUCAAUUGUACUACUCCGGUUGACGGGCAUCAGGGCAUCUACUGGACAUAUGACGACGAAAAGCUGGACCAAGAGUUGACUUCAUACACUGAGCUGCAAGUACCACACAUUAACUGGGAUUUCCAAGCAAAGUGCACAAUUCUACUCAAUAGCACUUAUAACUGCAGCGCAAAUCUCCAAGUUCAACUAGAAAUGAACAAGGUAAACCAGGUGAAAAUCAAUGAAACGACAAUAGACCAACAUGAGUUCAGCUGUGAUAUCCCUAACGCUGCCCCAGUUGAAAACCUCAAUAUUACUUGGUUCACCAAAGGCCAAAUAUUAAAGACCGUUUUCGAUAACAAGACACCAUCCACCACCGCGGUGUCCUCCCUGGGGAUGAAUGUAAGCAAGGAGCACGACGGAGAGUCUUUCACCUGUGUAGCGGUUCUGAAUCUAGGACCAGAUGGACAUGUCCUUGUUUCAACCACAACAUGGAAUAUUUCGGUCCAAUAUGCCCCAAAAUUACCUCAAAAAGAUCAAAAUGACAAACCUACUGUGGCAAAAACAACAACAGCAGCAACAGCAACAGAGGCAACAACAGGAGUUACAGCGGCAGCAUCAUCAUCAUCAUCAUCAUCAUCAGCAGCAGCAGCAGCAGCAGCAGCAAAGCCGCCUGACUGUCCGGUGACAAUAACACCAAAUACAAUAAUUGUCAAAUAUGGAGAAAUAGCUUCAGCCACCUGCAACACAACUGUAGAGCACGAUGGAAUAGGCUGGGAGGCCACCAAUGGAGGCGUCAGCCGAACAGAGGACGUCACUUACUUACAGUGGAAUUGGACGAUAAAGGAUUUUAAAGACUUCAAUAUUGAGGUGGAAUGCUUUAUAAAUCCUAUAAAUGGAACUCAUUGUAAGAAGCCACUGGGUAUCACAGUUUACAAUAUUCCAAAUAGUGUGCAGAUCUCUCCAGUCGAGAACAUCCCAGUUGAAGAGGGCAACAAACUCACGCUCAAAUGUGACAUUUUGAAUAUAGCUCCCAUUAACAAGCUCCGAGUGAAUUGGUACCAGGAGGAUACACUGGUCCACACGGAAGUGUUCAAUGGAUCUGACCCUCAUCCCUUAAAUGUGACCUCAUUUUGGGACCUGACGCCUGAGAAAGAGCACAACAACAUGGGCUUCAAGUGUGAGGUGGAACUUCGUCUCGGACAAAACCUAAAAGUCGUGUCAGCAUCGUACACCCCUGUUGUCCAGUAUAAACCCAGAAUCAACCCAGAUUGUCCAAAGGAAUAUGGCGGUAAAGAGGACGAGUUUACGUUGGAUACAGUGCCAUGUAAAGCCAGUGGAAAUCCUCAGCCCAAUAUUUACUGGUACUUCAAGGACAAACUAGUUGAUUCUACAAAGACUCUGACCAGGAAUGAUUCGGGUGAAUACACAGCUAAAUUUGAGAACACCGUUGGAAGUACCAACACCACCUUUGCCAUCACGAUUGAAUACAAACCUUACUUUUCUUGCAAAGACCAUUACAACGUGAGAGAAAACACCGAUAUAGGAUCUGUGUGUGAACCAGCAGGAAUACCAAAGCCAGAGCUGUUGUGGGUUAGAGAUGAAAAGCAGGUGGAGUUUUCAAAGUGGGAAAGAUGUGACAGUGGAGAUUAUGUAAUAGUAGCAACCAACAAACAUGGCAAAGCUCAGCACAAUAUCAGCAUCAAUGUUUUAUUUGCCCCAAGUUUUCCAGAAGACAUAACUCAAGAAUUCCACAUGGGGGAAAAUCUCACCGUAGACUGUCGUGCUGAUGGGAACCCCCUGCCUCAGCUUCACUGGAAAUAUCCCCCUGCUGCAAACGUAAACACAGCCAGCAGAGGGCGCCAGAUUCACAUUACAGAGGCCACAUCCACCAACGCGGGCGUCUACAGCUGCAAUGCCACGAAUGAAGUUGGAAGCGUUACAAGAACUGUCACACUCAUAAUGAAAGGAAAAACACACAUGGACCACAUUUACGGCAUCAUAUCGAUCUCUGUUGUACUUGCUUUGCUCUUUUUCAUAUUUGGGGUUGUUCUGAUUUGCCGCAACUGCAGAAAGAAAUCAGGCCACUAUGAUGUCAUAUCUGAUGAUGUGCCACUGAAUCCAAGAUCCUCCGUGAUUUAG